CUAGCGAGGUGCGGCAGUCUAAAGCUUAGCUGCACCUUUAUCACCGCACUAGGGCGCAGGAUAGACAAAAUAGUAAAGUUUACCCACUUAGGGUCAGAGCAAGGAACGAGAAGAUACACGAUGAAGACUUCGCUAUUUCUCGCCGUAUUCGGGGUCGUGGCUGGCCUGGCCUUCGCCGAAACAUCCAUGAAGAAGGUCAUGUCAGUGAACGCUAGGAGCGUGUUCCUGUACGCACGAGAGUGUGAGGACGAGAACCUGCACAAGACGUUCAAGGCAGGAGAGGUAUGGAAGAGCAGGUGCAUCAUCUGGACAUGCGCAGUCACCCCAGGUGGUGCCUUCAACAUCCCCGUCAAGCUAGAAUGCGAGACUCUGAAAUUGGGCAAAAAGGGUAAAGAAGAGGCCGCCUGUGUGCCCGUGGGAAGCACCAACCUGACCAUCCGACGAAACGGCAACAAAUACAAGAACUGUGACUGCGUCUGGAUGUUCAACCAGCUUCAGUACCAUUGCCCUGUCGAAAAAGAGAGCCUUGUCGGGAAGAAGGCCCCAGGCAAGAAAUCCGGAGGCAAGAAAUCUCCUCCAAAGAAACCAGCAUUCAAGAAACCCGCCGCACUAAAAAAGAAGGGCCCACCAAAGAAGGCAUAAGUGCUCUGCCCAAGGACACAACUUGAUCUUAUAGUGUAAAUAUUUUUUACCACCGUGCGUGUUGUCUUCAGUGCUGUAUCUUUCCUCGAUUUGAAUAAAAUGAAAAAGUA